AUGUCAGCAGAGAUGGGCACCCAGAACCGCCGCGGCUCCAACACUGCGGCUCAAACCCUUUGUUGGGAGCCUGUCACUUUCACUAGACUCGAGCCACAACCCGCCCAGUCCUGCACAAGUAGCGCACAGCCGCAAGCCUCUGCCCACCAUGGAUCAAGACUAUGA